GGGGCUGAGUCAGACUGCAGCUGGGGGUGGGGAUCAGCCGUCACAUAAGACAGCAGCCGUCUCGCCGUCGUGCGUUUUGGGGGGAUUGUGGUGAGAAGGAAUCGCAGUCUGCGCCCCUCCCCCCCCCCCCCCGGGAAAGGAUGGGAUUGGGUCGGAACAAGGUGGCCGUCCUUCUUCUGGUUCUGUCCAUCUCCGUCCUCCUCUACCUCCUUCUCCCCGUCGCCAAGCCGGACCUGGAGGAGCCCAAAGUGGAGAAUCCGCGUUCCGAGACGCAGGACGGCGUGAUGAACAUCACCGUCCGGACCGCCACCCUCUCCGGGGACUGGCCCACCUUCUACCGGGAGGUCGUGCCGCGGAGCGCCGGGGAGGGCGGCCCACCCGAGAGGUUCACGGUGCUCCUCCUACACGGCCAAUCCUUCACCUCGCAGACGUGGGAGAAUCUGGGGACUCUGCAGAUCCUAUCAGAACACGGAUAUCGGGCGGUGGCCAUCGACUUGCCAGGAUACGGCCAAUCACUGCAGUCCCAGCCGGUGUCAUCGGAGAAAGGACGUUCAGAUUACCUGCUGCACAUCAUUGAGUCCCUGGGGGCCCGCCAGCCAGUCCUGAUCAGUCCCUCCAUGAGUGGCCUGUUCUCCUUACCCCUCCUCCUGCUGCACCCGGACCGCCUCCGAGGAUUCGUCCCCAUCGCCCCUGCCGGGACCAAAGUUUUCAAGCCGCAGCAAUACCAGCAGAUCCAGGUUCCCACCCUCAUCGUCUACGGCACUCUGGACACCAACCUGGGCAGCCAAUCCCUGGAGAGCCUGCAGAACCUACCCAACCACACCCUCAGCCCGCUGAAGGGGGCGGGGCACGCCUGUUACAUGGACCGACCGGAAGAAUUUCACUCCUCCCUGCUAAUUUAUCUCAGCAAACUUUAACCUCGCGCUCCGCGUGGGCGUCGCCGUGAGAGAAAAGGAGCGCGACCUGCGGAAAGGCCUGUGACUGGAGGGAGUGCGGAGAAUCGCUGCGCUGGGUGUUUUUUUUCGGCGGCGGGGAGACGAUUGUGAUUUUUCUUACUCUUGGAUAUAAGGAAAGAGUUGAUUGGCUCUUCCGAUUGGGGAGAAGACGGCCAAGGCGCGUGUGUGAGGGACCCCCGACUGGAGGCCACAGAGUGGGGGAGGGGGUCACGGUGUUUAAUGGCGCGUCACCACAAUGUGCCAGACCGCUCCUCGCAAUCAUCCGCUUUUGAGUUUUUAGUAAAUAAUGUUCUUCUCUUCUUCUCUUCUAGUAACUGACACAUAAGUGUGGAGGGUGACGGGCAAUGCUUGGGCAAGUUAGCUUUACACUGUAAGGAGCUGUGAGAUAUGCGGGGGGGGGCACUCCAUUAUAGGUGAGAAAUGUGGGGGCCCCUGAGAUAUAUGGGGACCCCUCCAUUAUAUUUUACAUACAUGGGGACCCCACCACUAUAUGUGAGAUAUAUGCGGACCCCUCUACUGUAUGUGAGAUAUAUGGGGACCCCU